AAGAACAUCGUCAUCCGUCCAGUGUCACCAUGUCCUGUACAGAAGAACACGGAAGACUCCACGAGGAUGAGGAAGAGGAGCAGGGAGAGGAAGAACGCCCCAAAUACAAGCCAAUGGUCACACAGCUCGCUCCACCAAAAAUCCCAGAGGGGGAGAGGGUUGACUUUGACGACAUCCACAGAAAAAGGAUGGAGAAAGACCUUCUGGAGCUGCAGACUUUGAUUGAUGUCCACUUUGAGCAGAGGAAAAAGGAAGAGGAGGAGCUGAUUGGACUCAAAGAAAGAAUCGAGCGACGGCGGGCAGAGAGAGCUGAGCAGCAGCGUGUGAGAGCUGAAAAAGAGCGGGACAGACAGACACGACUCGCAGAGGAGAGACAAAGGAAAGAGGAGGAAGAAGCAAAGAAAAGGGCAGAUGAUGAGGCCAAGAAGAAGAAGGUGCUCUCCAACAUGGGGGCUCAUUUUGGAGGAUUCCUUGCAAAGGAAGAACAAAGACGAGGUAAGAAACAGACGGCGAGGGAGAUCAAGAAGAAAACUCUGGCUGAUAGAAGAAAGCCUCUGGCGACUGAGAACCUGAAGGAGGAUGUCCUGAGAGAGAAAGCCAAAGAAAUGUGGCAGUGGAUCUACCAACUGGAAUCCGAGAAGUUUGACCUGACUGAGAAGAUGAAGAAGCAGAAAUACGAGAUUAUUGUCCUUCUGAACAGAAUCCAACAUGCUCAGAAAUUCAAAAAGGGCCAUGGAAAAGGAAAGGUUGGAGGACGCUGGAAGUGAAGCCCGCCAC